GUUCAGCUUCUGUCCCUUUAAAAAUCAGACUUUCAAAGAAGUCGCAGAUUCCUGAAUGGGAAGGCUGUGUGUGGUGGACGUGUGUGAUUGACACUCCUUUGUGUCUGCCUUUCUCUCGCCGCUGGUUAGUGACAGUGCGCUGCAGGAGUGGCAGCUGUAGUAGUCGGGACUCGACGCCAGAGGCGAGGUGCGAUUAGUAAACUUCGGGAAUCUCCAAAGACUGUAGAAAAAAAGUUUCCGUCCAUUUCAGAACAGUGCUUUACUUGAAACGCCUUCUGCUGUUCCUGAAAUCCAGUUUAGGUGUCCUUCACUUCUUACCUUGGACCAUGGAAGAAAAGAGUUGGUUGCCAGUUUUGUUUUUGUUAGCCGCAGUAAUUGGAGCCGGAAUAUGCGAUAUAGACAUCCAAGACAUGCACGUUCUUGACCUACUCAUGAUCCAAGACCCCAAGGAGAUGGCAGCAGCAGUAGAAAAGGUGUCUGCGGACAUGGAAACUGUCAGUGACAUCUAUGUGGUAUCCUCGUUCCGCCUUCCACCUAAACUGGGUGGAGUGUUGUUUGGUCUUUACUCAAAAAAAGAUAACAGCAAGUUCCUGGAGGUGGCAGUCAUGGGCAAGAUCAACAAAGCUCUAGUGCGCUAUGUGCGAGAGGAUGGGAAACUGCACACCAUCAACAUGCAAAAUGCCAACAUCGCAGAUGGACGAACCCACUCAUUGAUAUUGCGCAUUGGGGGCCUUCGGCGUGACACCCUCUCGAUGGAGAUGUAUGUGGACUGUCGACAAGUGGACACCAGCCAGGGACACCCAGCACUAGUCAAACUGCCAUUAGAAAUAGAAACAGUGGAUAUCCGGACAGGUCAGAAGGCAUAUGUCAGAAUGCAGGGUGCAAUAGAAACACUGAAACUUGUGCUGGGUGGCACUGUGUCCAAAGCUGGUGCUUUAAUUGAGUGUCCAUUUCAAGGGGAUUCAUCUCUCUAUAAUACAGUUAAUGGUGGUUUGAACUCCAUACUAGGUGAUCACACAAAGGCUCUUAUUGGACAGUUGAUGCUUUUCAACCAAAUCCUGGGUGAACUGAGAGAAGACAUCCGAGAACAGGUUAAGGAGAUGGCAUUGAUAAGAAACACCAUUUUGGAAUGUCAAGUGUGUGGUUUCCAUGAGCCCAGAUCCAGAUGUUUCCCAAACCCCUGCUUUAAAGGCGUUUCCUGCAUGGAGACAUACGAAUACCCAGGCUACCGUUGUGGUCCAUGCCCAGAAGGGAUGUCAGGAAAUGGAACACAUUGCCAGGACAUUGAUGAGUGUCUGCUUGCUCAGCCAUGUUUCCCAGGUGCUCGUUGUGUAAACACUGCAGCUGGCUUCCAAUGUGAAGCUUGUCCACCAGGUUACUGGGGCAAGACUGUAAGUGGAGUGGGUGUGGACUAUGCCAAAUCACACAAACAGGAAUGUGUGGAUAUUGAUGAGUGUAAUGAAAGCAAUAAUGGAGGCUGUGUUCCAAACUCUGUGUGCAUGAACACAGUGGGUUCUUUUAAAUGUGGACAGUGUAAAGUGGGUUUCAUUGGCAAUCAGACAGUUGGUUGUUUCCCUCGGAAAUCCUGCAACACAUUGACCUUCAACCCCUGCCAUGUCAAUGCACACUGUGCCAUUGAGAGGAAUGGAGAUGUGUCAUGUGCGUGUAAUGUCGGGUGGGCAGGUAAUGGUCAUACAUGUGGUCCAGACACUGACAUUGAUGGCUAUCCAGAUGAUCCUCUUCCCUGUAUUGAUAAUGACAAGCAUUGCAGACAGGACAACUGUCGGUUUACCCCAAAUUCAGGUCAGGAGGAUGCAGAUAAUGAUGGUAUUGGAGACCAGUGUGAUGAGGAUGCAGAUGGUGAUGGAAUCAAAAAUGUUGAGGAUAACUGUCGACUAGUGCCAAACAAAGACCAACAGAAUUCUGACACUGAUUCUUUUGGAGAUGCUUGUGACAACUGCCCUAAUGUCCCAAAUAUCAACCAGCGAGACACUGACAACAAUGGUGAAGGGGAUGCCUGUGACAAUGAUAUUGAUGGAGAUGGUAUACCAAAUGUGCUGGACAACUGCCCCAAAGUCCCAAACCCUUUGCAGACAGAUCGUGAUGGUGAUGGAGUGGGCGAUGCUUGUGACAGUUGCCCUGAAAUCAGCAAUCCCACUCAAACUGACAUAGACAAUGAUCUUGUGGGUGAUGUCUGUGAUACAAAUCAAGACAUUGAUGGAGAUGGCCACCAGGACACUAAGGAUAACUGUCCCGAAAUUCCAAACAGCUCCCAACUUGACUCUGACAAUGACGGAAUUGGAGAUGAUUGUGAUGAUGAUGACGACAAUGAUGGUAUUCCAGACUUUGGAGCACCUGGGCCAGACAACUGUCGGCUCAUUCCAAAUCCAAACCAGAAGGAUAGUGAUGGUAAUGGAGUUGGUGAUGUCUGUGAAAAUGAUUUUGACAAUGAUACAGUAAUGGAUUUGAAUGAUGUGUGCCCAGAGAGUGCAGAGGUUACACUGACUGAUUUCCGAGCCUAUCAAACUGUGGUUCUGGAUCCUGAAGGGGAUGCACAGAUUGAUCCUAACUGGGUAGUCCUGAAUCAGGGUAUGGAAAUUGUGCAGACCAUGAAUAGUGACCCAGGAUUGGCAGUUGGCUACACAGCAUUCAAUGGUGUAGAUUUUGAAGGCACAUUUCAUGUAAACACCAUGACCGAUGAUGACUAUGCUGGGUUCAUCUUCGGCUACCAGGACAGUUCCAGUUUCUAUGUGGUCAUGUGGAAGCAAACAGAACAGGCAUACUGGCAGUCAGUUCCAUUCAGAGCUGUGGCAGAACCUGGCUUACAACUCAAGGCAGUAAAAUCAAAAACAGGUCCUGGGGAGUACCUGCGGAAUGCACUGUGGAACACGGGCAAUACAUUGGAUGAAGUGACACUUCUGUGGAAGGACCCCCGUAAUGUGGGCUGGAAGGAUAAAACAUCAUAUCGCUGGCAACUGAGCCAUCGGCCUCAAGUUGGCUACAUUAGAGUGAAACUUUAUGAGGGUCCUGGACUCGUUGCUGAUUCAGGUGUGAUUAUUGAUACCACAAUGAGAGGAGGACGGUUAGGUGUUUUCUGCUUUUCUCAAGAAAAUAUUAUCUGGUCCAAUCUACGCUACCGCUGCAAUGACACAAUCCCUGAAGACUUUGAACCAUACAAGAAGCAACUGCAGCUGAACUACAGCCACUGACACGCAAGACAAAAACCUACAAACUUAAAGAGACUUAAACAAUCAUCUGUUCAAACCUCCUAAAAACCAACAAAGAACACUGGACUGGGUGUGAUUGGACUGCCAGGUUUCAUGCAGCAGGGCAGUUACAUAAAGAUUAAGAUAUGUGUUUGUAAUACAGCUGAGUACAAAAGCAGAGAGCAAAAGAAGAGUUAAUAUCUUGUUCUUCAACAGUCAUACAAGGUUUUUUUUUAACUGAAAAACACAAAAAUAGUUCUAUUCAAUUGGUUAAAGAUCUGUAUUCAUUAAUACAGUUAAAAUUUGUUCUGUUCUAAAAUUUGUUACAAUAGCUUGUGAGCACAAUAUGGAACAAACCAGCUAAUUAAGCAAUUGGAAAAUUUUCUAGAUGCACAUUCAAAGAAUAUGCACAUCGCUUUGAUCCCCCACCAUUUUAAUCUUAUGACAAAUACUCAGGGAAAGAAAAUCCAGAUUACAAACUAUGGUUAAACUUUUCUCUCUUUGGGUGUUAGAAAAAAAAAUCAUUCCUUGGGGGCUUGGGUAACUAGAAUAGUUUUUUUUUUCUAUUUAUCACAACUGUUCUAGUGCAUUUCUCCUUCUGCCUUGCCGUAAACUGGAAAGGCUUACAUACAUGUGCCACAUCC